AUGAUCCCUUCAAAACACACGACUAUCAAAGAUCUAGACAUUGUCACCUAUGCAUUCAACGACAAGAUCUUCGUCAAUAUCCACAGCAAAGGAGCAUACACUAGAUCAUACUAUGUUCCCCUAAGACUAUCUCCAGGCAAUCAGUUCUUUGCACAUACCGAAUAUGACGACGAAGGCGAAGACAUCAGCAAUCUGCCACUCACUCAUCUCACUCCCAUGUCGCUAAUUGGAGGCUCCAAUGCUGACACAUUGGGUCAGAUCAUAGCUGUCCAGGUGGCGUCCCAGGUAGUCAAGGACUCGCCCACAGAGGUGCGAACUGUGUUUGUGUCCAUCGGCCGAGUCAGUCAGGACGACUACGACGACGUUCUUGAGGGAGUCAAGCUUUGCCGUGUUUGGUAA